AUGUUCUUGGUGCUGGUCUCGGCCACGCUGGCAUCAGACAGGUCCACCUCGUCGAAGAUCAAGGACUGGAAGGAAACACAUGAGAAAGAGGCUGAGUCUCAGUCUGAGUCUGGGUCCGAGUCCGAGUCUGAGGCCGAGACUGAGGCCGAGUCUGAGGCCGAGUCUGAGGCCGAGUCUGAGGCCGAGUCUGAGGCAGAGUCUGAGGCAGAGUCUGAGGCCGAGUCUGAGGCCGAGUCUGAGGCAGAGUCUGAGGCCGAGUCUGAGGCCGAGUCUGAGGCAGAGUCUGAGGCAGAGUCUGAGGCCGAGUCUGAGGCAGAGUCUGAGGCCGAGUCUGAGGCAGAGUCUGAGGCAGAGUCUGAGGCCGAGGCCGAGUCUGAGGCCGAGUCUGAGGCCGAGUCUGAGGCCGAGUCUGAGGCCGAGUCUGAGGCAGAGUCUGAGGCCGAGUCUGAGUCUGAGGCCGAGUCUGAGGCAGAGUCUGAGGCCGAGUCUGUCUGA